AUUUUAAAUCAAUCCUAAUUUUGCUUCGUCACUACGAUAAUCACUCCAUUUUUACUUCUAAAGCGCUCAGAAACACCUCACUCGAAAAUUAUCAAACGGCAGCACUGAAAGCAUCACAACAAAUGUACAACAAACACAUGAUUUUGACGUUCACAGCCACCUCGACGAAAAUCUCAGCUGUUCUGACAGCACCACCUUGAAUGAAUUCGCCUUGCCUUGGUCAAUGCAUUUCGUGGAAUCAAGAGAGGAUGUUGCUUAAUCCGCUUAAGUCCAUGUUAGUUUUAUAUUUAAUAAAUGUUUUUAAUAAUUUCACUAACACAUUGAACUAAACGUCACAAAGAGCGAAAGGGUUAAAAGUACGAACGAUCUGAUCUGCGCGCGUACAAUCCGGAUAAAGCAACAAGAAGGAAAUCUAAUCAGCUGUCAACGAUUGGCAUGAUUAUUAACCCUACUGUAGUAGAAAUACAUAAGUGCGAAGUGCAUUCUAUAACACCGCAUUUCAACGCAACUUACUCGAUGUGAUACGACGCAUUAGUAGCUAAACAUAACGCUUAUAAUCGUUUGUCGUAAAGUGCUAGGAAAGUGCUCGCCUCAGCAAAUACAAUUUUUUUUUUUGGAGCAAUAAACCCACGGCUAUCAGAAAUAUGAGAAUUUUUUCGCCUACAAAGGGAUCCAGCACGAUGGAAAUGUAGCUUCGUCAAGAAUUUUUAAAGUAAUGAUUAGCGUCAUCAUAUCUACCUAUAUCCAUUUAACACGCGCACUAAUCAACCAGAAUUUAAUCACUUGUAUCAACAUUAAACAAAACAAGACAAGACAAAAACAAAACUACUUUGUUAUCAACGAUUAUUUUAGAAAAAGUUUUCAUUCACGACGGGAGCGAUUACUUGAACGAUAUACAAGACUGUUCAUAAUUAGUAGUUAGUCACGAUUAGCGCGCAGAAAGUUCAAGUCGAGAGCGCAACGAAAUCGAGUAACCAUGUGGCCAAAAAUCGAUAAGGAGCUACUGCCUAUGAAGGCGCAUUAUUUCUUUUUUAAUGCAGGAACGGCGCCGGUAAUGCCUUUCAUGCCCACAUUGGCGCGUCAAUUAGGCUUCUCUACAGUGGUGGUAGGCACAAUGUAUGCAAUUUUGCCGAUCGUUGGCAUGUUAGCGAAACCGCUAUUUGGAUUUAUAGCAGAUCGUUAUCAACGUCAUCGAACACUUUUCCUUAUCGGUGAAGUACUCACCGCCGUGGCCUUCUUCCUCAUACAAUUUACGCCAUCCAUUCCACAAUCCUUGCCUACUGUAGAAUUUCACUGUCACGGUGGUGCAUCCGAUCUCAAAUAUUAUUCCGAAUUUGAUAAGUGCAUAGAACAGAAUCUCGAAAGUUACUAUGGCGAUCGCGUACUAACUUGCCAGCUAUACUGUCAAGCUAAUCCUGAGCAAUGGGACUUCGUUUGUGACAACUGGCUACAUAACAACAGCGCCGGCAGUAUUACAAGUAAUGUCACUUGUCCUGAUCGCAAUAAUCCACAACUAAACUUUACAACAUUUGUCAAUAUGAGCGAAAUUGUGAUGGCAAGUGACCAUCUGUUCUUUGUCAUACCACACGAUCAAGGUCAAAUUAAUGGGGAAAAUAUAACUUUAAAUUGUCCACGUGAACAGUCACAAUUCAAUACAAGCUGUCAGAUUGAAUGCAAUGAUAAAUAUUUCCAUAGCCAACUGGUGCAGAGUGCAGCGAUAAAGAACAGUGAUGUGACGGGCAUGUAUCAAUUUUGGUAUUUUUUUAUCAUGCUCAUUGUGAGCUGGAUUGGCAUGGCGGUGGUGGUGAGCAUCGGUGAUGCCAUAUGCUUUUCGAUAUUGGGUGAACGACAUCAUUUAUAUGGAAAUCAGCGAUUGUGCGGCUCCAUAGGUUUCGGUGUAUUUUCCAUUAUCGCUGGUGUGCUAGUAGAUAAAAUGUCUGGCGGCAGUGCUACUAAAGACUAUACAAUCGUAUUUUGGAUGACUUUGGUGAUAAUUGGAUUUGACCUAAUAUCAUCCACGAAAUUAAAGCACACACAAACCCACCUCUCACCCAACAUUCUCAAAGAUGUCGGUAAAAUGUUCCUUUCAGUACGUUGUGUGAUAUUUUUCAUUUGGUGCGUUUCGAUUGGUCUAUGCACGGCACUCGUUUGGAACUUUCUCUUUAUGCAUUUGGAUGAAUUAGGCGAAAAACUUGAAGGCUGUCAAAAUUCCAUGAAAACACUUGAGGGUUUUGCCAUGGGCAUACAAUGUUUCGGUGGUGAGCUGCCCUUUUUCUUCCUUUCUGGUUGGAUAUUAAGGAAAAUCGGUCACGUUAAUGCAAUGAGUUUGGUGCUAUUCGCAUUUGGCGUGCGUUUCAUACUCUAUUCUGUGCUGGUAAAUCCAUGGUAUGUGCUGCCUAUUGAAAUGUUGAAUGGUGUUACAUUUGGUAUCUUCUACUCAACGAUGGCGUCGUAUGCGAGUAUUGUAGCGCCACCGGGCACAGAGGCCACUAUGCAGGGCCUAGUCGGUGCAGUCUUUGAAGGUGUGGGCGUAUCAAUGGGCAGUCUCAUUGCUGGCAAUCUCUUUGCCGCUGUAAGCGGUAGCGGAACCUUCUUGAUUUUCGGAAUUUUCGCCUUCAUUGUAUUUGUUGUGCAUGUAUGUGUGCAGAUAUAUUUGCAACGCAAUGCUGUUGAUACAAAUGGUAAGCAAACGGAAGUUAAUAAUGUUGCGCACGAAGUGAACUAUUUACCAGCAGAAAAUGGUUACAUAUGGACAGUAAAUGCAAAAACGCCUAAAGGUGUUAACGCUGAAUUUACUGACGUGGAUUUAAGUUGAUUUUAAAAGGUUGAUAAAAAAAAAAUAUAAUAAGUAAUUUAGUACGUAAAAAGUGCCACCGAAAACGGUGAAUAGCAGAGCAACGCCCUAGGCAUAGCAAGUAUUACCGCAAUAUUUUUAUGUACAGAUAGUUUUUUAUUGAACUUAUAUUUUUCCCACGAUUUUUGAUGCUAUAAAAUCACUUUAUUAAAAGUGAAAAAAAGCUAUCUCAGUGAUAGUUUAUACUAAAAUAAGUUAUUUCUAAAACCAAGUUCAAAUCGAGAACAGGGCUCUUCUUUACUCCUGCUAGCCAGUUUAUUUUUAAGACGUUUGAUACUUUUAUAUAACAGUCAGGUGCUUAUUGUGUGAAUCUUUGAAUAAAUACUAAAUUCCUCGAAUGAAAAACUUUUAUUUGCAUUUCUUAAAUGAAAACAAAAUUGAAAUGUGUACAUAAAUAAGGAGUACACCGAAAAGCAGAAAGCUCGGAGCUCAAAAUUUUCAACAAAUUUUAAAAGUUCAGUAAAAGUUUCGCUGUUUUCGAGCACUUAAGUGCUUUCGUCAGGUAAUUUCAAAAUAUUUCCUAGUAGAUGAAUAUUUGCAUGUACAGACUGCUUGCUUAAUACUUAUUCAGGUACCCUGCAAACACAGUCAUCAACGUUAGAGAAACAUUUGAUUUACAUUAGAAUUAUAAUGCAGUUCUCUAAUGUUUCUCUAAGGUAAGAGAACUAUGUUAGAAUUCGAUUAGAAAAUGAUUAGAAAAAAUACUAUACAUUAUAAACCAAUUAGAAUUCAACGUUAGUAUGAGAUUAGAUACUAACCUUUUUCUCGAUAUCGAGAACUUAGUUCCCAUUUUGUAGAGUAUGCUAUAAUUCUCGACAGUUUAUCUAAUCGUCUUAUAACCUUCUUCCUUGGUAAAACUCAUUAGAAUUCGAAUCGGUUUCUAAUCGUUCUCUAACUUAAAUGUUUGUUGGGUAGUUAGUAUUUUGUAAUGAAAAGUAUGUAGUUCAUAUGUUUGAUAGUCUAUAUGUAUUGCAUGUUAUUUUUUUCGUUUUGUGAUUUACGUGAAAGUUACAAUUAUAAUUUUCAGUUUGUUGUUUUAGACUUUGUGUGAAAAACAAUAAUUUACAAAUAAUUUAGUAUGUAUCGUUAACUUGUAUAUUUUUUGCAUUACAUACAUAUAUGUAAACCAAAUAAUGUUCCUCCGACAGUCGGGCCUACGGAGCCAGAACGACCCUGAUUUAUAUCGGGCCAAGAACGUCGCUCCAUCUGAUUCUCCAAAAACCCUUUUGGGAAUUUUUAUGAUGGUACAACAACAAAAACCAUCAAAUGCUUAUGGUCGAAGAACAAAAGUCAAAUCAAUGAUCAAAUAGUACAGAAAAACUAAAGCUUUUGCGAAAAACUCAAAGGAAACGCCUUCCAAAUAAAGAGAAAUCCGUCUCCACUAUAUAACAAGCAUUAGUUUAGACGUGCUGCUCUUAUUUAAAGUCAAUAAUAAUGAAAUCGAGCACAAAUUAAAUUUUCUUUGUUUACAUAUGAUGUAUAAUCAAGAUACAACCAUUACAAACUAGCUAGUACUUAAAAAUAUAUAACUGUUAUGCCUCAAAACGGAGUACAAAUUUUGAUUACCUAAAUAUGUAUAAUCAGCAAAUUAUGAGUAUUUCCUUUGAUUUUAUAGUAAAGAUCGAA